AUGGAGGCCGCUAGCUUACAACUCAUGCAGCUGCGCUUGGCCAAUGAAAGGCUCGUUACCCAGGAUGGCAGGCGAAUGUCGGUGAUUGCACUUUCAUUCACACUCAAGAGUGUCUCCCAGCUGGCAGAAAAGCUCCUCGAUGCUGACCUGUGCAAAAGCCAGGGGCAGCCCAGCAGCGAUUUGGGUGACGUCUAUGAAGAGCAGUCAGCUACAAUGGUGGAUGCUCCGCUCGAGCACGACUACUUCGCUCUGAGCGAAUAUGCCAGCGAAGUCGUCCGCUACAUCGGUGGCUUUGUGACCAAGCCCCCAAGAAACCCGCCUCGCCAGCGAAUGUUCCCAGCUAUUCCUGCUUCCAAGAAGAAAUGCAAUGAGCUCCACCUGCCAGCUGACAGUCAGUCUUCAAUGGAAUUGGCAAACGCUCCUGACGAGAACCAAACCCCACUACAGGAGGUUGUUGCAGACCAGAAUGUGUCUCCGCAGCAUGGUUCUGCUAGCCAGGAGUUCAGAAAAAUAAUUGCUGCGCUGGAGACCCAGCUUGCCACAACUAAAGACAGAGAGUCUAAGCAGCAGGCAGAACUAGCAGAGCAGGCCGUGCAACUAAGCAAGGCUCGUGCUGAACUCGCUACUUCUCAGGCAGAGCUAGGAACUGCAAGGAACAAGCUAAGAGCACAGAGCCAGGAGCUGGAUAUACUGCUAACUGAGUUAGUUACUUCCCAGCGCUGUGUCGAAAAAUUAAAAACUCAGUAUGCACCUUUUGGUAUUGAAAAAUUCCAAGAAUGUGAUGAAGACAUUCAGUUUUAUACAGGACUGCCAGACUACGACAGCUUUGUAGAUCUGUUGGAGUAUUUGGACCCUGGUGAAAACGGAAGCAAUAUAAUACUACAUCACAGGACCAGUAGCUACCGGCAUGAAGCUUACAGGGGCCGGCCACAGAAAGUGAGUGUGCCAAACCAACUCUUCAUGGUCCUCAUAAAGCUUCGACUUGGCAUAUUCCACCAGCAUCUUGGACAUUUGUUUUCAGUAUCCGCUAGCACGGUAUCGAGAAUAUUUUCCACUUGGGUGGAUUUUAUGUACCUUCAGCUCACAGGACUGGCAAUAUGGCUAUCACGACAAGCUAUAGAUGAAGCAAUGCCUCUGGCAUUUGUUGAGAAGUACCAAUCGACCCGUGUGUUGCUCGAUGCGACAGAAAUACGGUGCGAAGUGCCAUCGUCAUUUGUGACACAGUCCGGCCUCUACUCCCAUUACAAGUCUACACACACGCUUAAAGGACUGAUUGGUUUGUCCCCAGGUGGACUUAUUACCUUUGUCUCCGAGUUGUUCACUGGAAGUACCUCAGACAGAGAAUGUGUCAGAAGAAAUGGGUUUCUGGACCUAAAUUUUGACAUAGGAGACUCUGUCAUGGCAGACAAGGGGUUCCGAAUUGACGACCUUGUGGAAGAAAUUGGUGUAGAGCUAAAUAUUCCACCCUUCCUCCGUCGUGACCAAUUCACAAUUGAGCAGACCCAAGAGACCCAGGAUAUUGCUGCCCUCCGGAUCCACGUAGAAAGGAGGAUAAAAAGAAUUAAAUGCUUUCAAUUAUUUAAUCGCCCGAUUCCAAUUUCACUGGCACCAAUGGCUAAUCAAAUGUGGACAAUCUGCGCCAUCUUGAGCAACUUCCAGUCACCUUUAACUCACGAUACCGAAGCCGGCUAG